AUGGAAGCAUUGCGUCGCUUAAAGCAAUCUUGCGGUCGUCGAGAUGUGAUGAGAGCCGCGCACCUCCAGGCGAUUGACCGGUUGGAAUUGAAGAACGACCCAAUCGGAUUCAAACGUUUCGCUGAGAAGAUGAGGUCGCAUUUGUUCGAGCUCAGCAGGAUUGGAGAGACCUAUGCACCCGACCUGAUCGAAAGGGUUUGUCUGCGCCUCCAACUUUCAGAUAGACUAGCCUGGAACGAUGGACGGCUGGGAGGAUUGGAAACAAGAAGUUUGGACAUCUUCGGGACCUGGUUGAGUCAUAGAGCAGCGGCUUAUCAGAACGCCUACAGCAUCGCAGCAGAGCAGCUUCAUAGCUCUGUACCCAAGUUCGGUAGUCGUCAGGCCAGCAGUCAUCAAACCUCCUCCAAUCGAAAAACGGAUUACCCUUCUUCUCCCUUUAAAGGCGCUUCCAGUCUUUUCUGCUUUAAAUGUGAAGGCGACCACAAGCUGGAGAACUGCGGAGACUUCAAAUCGUUGGCAGUGGGAGAGAGAGUGGCUUUUUGUGCCAAACACCGAUUGUGCUUCGGUUGCUUUGGUACCAAGCACUCCGCCAGGUUCUGCGCCCAGAAGAGACCCUGCCAGUUUUCAGAAUGCCGUCUCUAUCACCACGGGCUUCUCCACGACUCCUCCAGAGGAUCUAGUAACCCGCAAGCAGAGUCAUCCAGAACGACCAUGGUGCAAACAGGAAGACAAAGGCCUUGCAGAGUGGCCAUGGGUAUGAUGCGGCUUAAGAUCCUGGACCGCGACGGGAACGCAGUGAUGGCCAAUGUGUUCAUCGACGAAGGCAGCGACUCUACCUUGAUGCGACAGGGAUUCGCGAAGAUUCUCAAGGUCGUUGGGGUCCGUCAAAUCCUAACCGUGGACGGCGCCGGGAGUGUAGUGAAUCGCUAUGCAUCUAAACGCUUGAAUUUCCAGAUCAGCACCGAUUCCAGCGAGAUAUUGAAUCUCUCUUUCUCCACUUCUCCCACCGUCGCCAGCGCUACCCCUUUGACAGAUUGGGCGACUUUUAAGUUGCGCUGGGCGCACCUUGCAGAUCUUCCAGUCACGAAGUCCGGCGGGAGAGUAGACAUUCUAAUUGGCACCGAUUACUCUCAUCUUUUGGUUCCUCUCGAAUCUAGGGUCGGCCGAGAUUAUGAGCCUACCGCCACCAGGAGUCGUCUGGGUUGGCUUAUUCGAGGCGUCGUUCAAAAUGACGCCAUCAUUGCUGCUGUGCGCACGCACAAGAUCACUAGCUCUACACACCUUGAAGAGUUAACAGUGGCAUUUCGCCAGUUUUGUGAUACCGAAAACUUCGGGACGGAAUGCAAAUUGGUAGGCAUGUCCGCAGACGAACGACAAGCCCUUGCCAUUUUGGAAGCUGGGACCCGAAAAUUGGAGUUAGGAUAUGAGGUUCCUAUCACUUGGCGGACAGGUGAACCAAACCUCGUCUGCAAUCGUCUGAUGGCCCAACAGCGUCUUCGGGGUCUUCUAAAGCGGUUCGACAGAGAUCCGGCAUUCGAAACCGACUAUCGAGUCGCUAUGAAGAAGACGAUCGACAAGGGCUAUGCCUCCAUACUUUCCGAAGAGGAAGCAGUUUCAGCAAGAUAUUUCCUAGCUCACCACGGCGUCUACAAGGGUCCUAAGCUUCGUGUCGUGUUCGAUGCAGCCGCGCCGUUCCAUGGGAAGUCUUUGAACGACGCAAUUCUCAGCGGUCCAGCUCUUCAGCCUUCUCUUUCAGCCGUCUUAACCCAAUUCAGAGAAGGAGCCGUAGCGUGA